UGUCAUAUUUUCACAAUGCAGAGGAGGGGGAUUCCAAGUUGGUUUGAAGAUGUGUUUGGGGACAACAACACAAGAAGGAUGGCGGACAAUUCCUUUGAUUCGUUUGACCAGAGUACAUUGAUGGAGGGAGACUUGAAGACUGAGUCAAGUCCUACAAGCAACCAGCAGUUUUCCUUUCAGCGAACCAACAGCACCGGCUGUGUCUCCUCAGCCUCCUCUGCUCAAAAUACAGACGAUGAAGACAGUGACACCAGCAAGACCCUAACUUACAAGGACAGGCGGCGGGAAGCCCACACAGUCGCGGAACAGAAACGCAGAGAUGCCAUCAAGAAAGGGUACGACGAGCUGCUGAGUAUCGUGCCCACGUGCCAACAGCCAGACACGCUGAGUGGACAGAAGAUGAGCAAGGCCACUGUGCUGCAGAGAUCUAUUGAGUACAUCCAGUGGCUAAUUGGGCAGAAGAAGAAGCAGGAGGAUGAGCUGGACUCCCUCAGGAAGGAAGUGAUGGCUCUCAAGAUUAUGAAGGCGAACUACGAGCACAUUGUGAAGACACACCAGAACACUCCAGUCCAAGGCCAGAACCAGGUGUCGGAUGAGGUCAAGUUCCAAGUGUUCCAGCAGAUCAUGGACACACUGUUCCAGUCGUUCAAUGCCUCCAUCUCAGUGGCCAACUUUGCAGAGUUGUCAGCAUGUGUGUUCAGUUGGCUGGAGGAGUACUGCAAGCCACAGUCCCUGCGAGAAGUUGUCCUUGGCAUCUUGCGGCAGCUCAACUCCCAGCUGAACCACUGAUAUAAGGUCAAGGUGACUGAGACAAGGUCAAGGGGACUAUGAUACAUCCAGCCAAUCAUCUCAGUUGACAUAUCUUACAGUCAGUGUAUAAUCAUCUUGGAAAUGUUGGUGAUAUCAACUGUACAUAAAAAAUUGUAUUUCAGAUAUGUUGUACGAAUUUGGUAACUGUUUACAUACAUUAUGUAAUAACAGUUUGUCUGUUUUAUGUGGAUAUACAUAAAUUCAUGUUUGUGUCAAAUAUUGUUUCACCUUAGGUGAAGCAAACAAGGAAUAAAAUUGAUUUAUGGAGAUUUCCCUUUACUUUUGUUUGUUAUUUUAAUCAUGAAUAGUGAAUGUUGACAUGCUGUCAUUACCAGGUAAAGGGUGCCAUUUUGGCAAUAAUUUCUCAGUACUGAUGCAUUUAUAUCAGAAUGGUAAUAAACUGACUCUAUAUUGAU